AUGGCUAGAAUAGUUGUUUUGUUUUUAUUUUUAUCAGCAUUGUUGAUAUCUUCAUGGAUUCCAAUCUCUCUUUGCGAGAAACCAACCGGAUCUGCUAGGAAGGAGGACAUACCGUUCAUAAAGUGCGAGGUCUGCGCCGCACUUGCAUAUCAAACACAUCAACAAGUUGAAGAAAAGCGAACCCAAAUCUUACCAAAGAAGGUCAUGGAGUAUGACAUUAUUGAAAUAUUAGAGGGUGUUUGUAAUUUAAAGAAGCCUUCAGCAGAUUGGAUUCUGUAUCUUGAUAUAAUUGAAUUGGAAGAUAGAUUGAAGCUUGUUUUACAAGAUACUGAAGGACAAUGUCAAUCUAAAUGCAAGACAAUCGAGAAGGCUUGUCAAGAGGUGUUGGGAAACUAUGACACUGAUAUUGCAGAAUACAUAUACAAAAGCAAGCCAAAUUUUGAAUUACUUUUUGACUUCCUUUGUCAAGAUCUCACCUAUGCUUGCACUUUUCCUCCACCACCAGUUCCAAAGGAUAGAGUUCAAGGGGAACCCUUUGUCCGAAAGACAUCCAAGGAAAUUGAAAUAGAUAGAAAAAUAAAGUCCAUGGAGGACAUGCCAGGAGCACAUAACUUGAAAUUGUAUUCGAGAGAAGAUUUGUUGAAGGGAAAGUAUGACAAUGAGGAUGAAGAUGAUGACGACGAUGAUGGGGACUUCCCUUCAAGAUGGAGCAAAGAAAUGAAGAAGAAGAAGUUGAGCCUAUCAGAGAAGAUAUCCGAGUCCGAGCUUUGA